UUUGGCUGCAGUGGGCGGGUAGAUUAGAGGGGAGCUGUGACCCCUGGGCGCGCCGCGCGCGUCGCGCAGUGCUUUGGCCCUUGGGAAGGCCGCCGCGUCGUACACGACGCGGCGGUUAGAGGCCCGGCACAGGCCAUGUCGAUGACGGCCUCGAAAGCGGCGGAGCUCAUGCGCCGGGCGGGAGCAGAUCUUCCGGCUCCCAAAGGCGUGCAGAGCACCGCCAUUGUGCCCGCAGGAGGCGAUGAGGAUGAGGAAUGGGCCGAAGGCGAUGGCGAGUGGGACUACGAGGAGGGGGGCGAAAUCAGCUACGAUGAUGAGGUGGAGUUGGUGGACGAGUCCGGGAACUACCUGCAACAAAUCCGCCCACAGAUGGGUGGUCGGAACCGGAUGCGGAACGUGGGUCUCCACACUAUCGAGAUCUACUACCCGCAGUUUUACUUCAAGCAGACCGAGAUGGAAGAGUUUGAUGCCAGGCCGGAUCGCUAUGGUCCCUCGGUGAUCGGCAAGUACACCAAAGGCAUCGGCAUGAUCGAGGCCCGAUAUCCCACCGACGAUGAGGACCCCGUGAGCUUCUCGAUGACUGUGACGCAUCGGCUCAUCGAGAGGAUGGAGAAGGAGAACUUCAACGAGACCUAUAGAUAUAUGCCUGAUGGCAACCGCUUGCCCUGCUGGAACUCGGUGGGGCGACUGGACAUCGGUUCUGAGAGCCUCAUCGACCGAUCCAAGUCCAUGAAGGCGUAUGUGAUGGACCUCUUUGAGCGUUAUGGCUCGGGCGAGGGCAACAUCGAAGGGGUGGACAUGUACAACGCUUGCUACGGUGGACAGGCGGCAGGCUUGUGCGCACAGAACUGGGUCGAAUCGGACCGUUGGGAUGGCCGCUAUGCCAUCGCCAUUGCCACGGACAUUUCGGACGCUCCCUUCGAGGUGAUCUUCUCCGUAGGCGCCGCGUGUACCGCCGCAUUGUACUACCCAGAUGCGCCGUUGCCACACCACUCCCACCGCGCUAGCUGCAUUUUGCAUCGGUUUGACUUCUUUAAGCCGGUCGGCUGGUUCCACAUGGGCCCUGUGGUGGAUGGCAAGUACAGCAUCGAUGCCUACAUGAACUGUGUGGAUGCUUGCUACCAGACCCUCAAGCACAAGAUGAAUGGCAGGCCUUUGCUGACCAUCACGGACUACAACGUCUUCCACACGGGUGGAGGAUAUCAUGUAGUGAAGAAAGCGUUCGAGCGUUGCAUCCGUGCGGAGGAUCCGAAGACCAAGGCAGACGUUCGAGAGAAGUAUGUGCAAGAGAAGUUGCUUCCCUCAGUGAACUUGCUGAAGAUCAUCGGUCCGUGCCACACUGUGUCAUCCUUCUUGAACAUCAGUUCGGUGGUGAUGACACAGUGGGACGAGGCGCUGGGGAAGAUCUUGUUGGUCUUCACCUAUGGCUCGGGCUGUGCCAGUUCCAUGUACCAGCUUCGCUUCGAUGACAUCGCUUGGUUCGAUCCAUUGGCGGUUUGGAAGGUGAAGCAGUUCUACCGGAAUGCCAUCAACGUGCAGCCAGACCUCCGAAUGCAUCAGGUCUACAUCGACACAUGGAUGAAGUUCGACUACAGGCCUCAUGGACGAAUCUCCUUUGGCUUCGGCUAUGACACCUACGAGCUGGAUGUCUACUAUCUCCUGGAGAUUGAUCCGUGGGGACGCCGCUUCUACCAUCGUGGCGGCAUGCGCACAGGCCCCAUGAAUCGGAAGGUGAUGAACGCCACGGCCUUGAACUACGACAAGGUCGAGAACCGCCACACGAGAGAGCACUUCGGACAGCUUCCGCCCAAUGGCGAAGCCUGGGAGAAGCAAGAAAACAAGGAAGAGAAGGCUGCUCGAUCGUUGGAGGAUACCUGGAGGGAAAUCGAACAAGAGAUGACCUUCGAACCAGAUGUUCAGGUUGAUGGCCAGCCAGCAGUGGUGGCGGAGAAGGUGGCGCAUGGCCGCAAAGUGGUGGUGCGCGAGAUUGGAGCUGCGGAUGACGAUGACGAUGAAGAAGGCGCUGAGACCAGCUACCAGAUCGUAGGCACCUGGACAGCCCUCAAGGAGGCGGAAGACAUGAAGAAGUCAGAGGACAAGUUCAUCUACGAGGUCUCUUUGGGCGUGAAUGGCUGGGAGCAGUUCUACUUGCUCCGGAACAACAAUUGGUCCAAGAAGAUUUACCCGGCCGUGCACAAGUCUUGGAAGGACAUGCCAUGUGUGGGCCCCCACAAGGGCCGUGAACGCCCAAUGUGUUGGCAGCUCUCCGGUCGACCCAGUUGGGAUCUGCCCGGCGACGACGAGGCGCCCGUCGGAAGCAGGUUUUGCAUCACCUUCACUCCCGGCAAGGUGAAACGCCUCACCUGGGAGAAGCUAGAGGAGGAGCCAGCGAAGGUCUCCGACGACGCCUCCACGUAUCAGAUUUUGGGCUCUUGGUCUUGCUUCGACCCCCAGGAGAUGCUCGCCGACUCCGGCAGGCCGGGCGUCUAUACUGCAGAAGUGCAGUGCAACAGGUUGGGCCUCAAGUUCCACUUCUUGCGGAACCUGGACGUGUGUCAAAACUUGGCACCUCUGGUGGAGGAGAGUCAGUUCGGUAGCUUGUACAGUGCAGUGGCUCCCAUUGGGCAGCAGAGCGCGGGAAGGCUGUGGCAGAUCGAUGCGCAGGAGGGCGAGAUCUACCGGAUCGAGCUUCAUCGAGAUGUCGAUGAUCCGUCCGAUCUUCGCAUCAAGUGGGAGAAGAUCCGCCAAGAGCCCAGCAAGGCCGUGGAGGAUCGAUAUUUCUUGGUGGGCUCGUUCAAUCGUUGGGGCUACUCCUUUGAGCCCUACGAACUGCGCUCGAACGGUGACGCCUUUGAGGCGGAGGCCGGAGGAAGCCGAACGCCUGAGUCUGCAGACCCUCAAGACGAGGGUCGCGGGGGAACAGACACAUUUAGAUUGAUGCUCGCAAGAGCUAAAUCAGUUGUGGCAGCCCACUCUCGUAGUGAUUACAUUACCAGUGCAGUUAGACCUUGACAGGCGAAACCCAAGGGAUGCUGGGGGCCACAAGCUCAAGUGCAAGUCUGCAGAAGGAACGCUUAAAACUGCCGGUCUUCAUUGGCCACAGCGGCAGUGGCAGGUCUGUGGCCCCCUGCUUGGUUAGUUGAAAAUUAAUAAGAGCACGAAUUAUCAUGCAAUGGUGACUGUCCUUUGGUACAGGUGUGGACACACACACACAGGGCCGUAAGUCGGCGCUUGCUUUUUUUUGGCAAGGAAA